AUGAAUGUUCUCUAUCCAUUCACCACUGUCAUUCCCACGCUUCUUGCACCAAUAUUGCUGGAUCUUUCCGGUGUUCUUGUGUUGUUGGAUAUACUGGAAAUGGGAUUCUUUGCCAAGGUAAAUUGUUAUUUUACUUUUUAAGAUUGCGUUUAAAGGAAAUGUCAAACAAUAUACAUCAUUGAAUAAAAAAGAAGAUCUUAAGGCCCGUUUACACGGUCGGAUUUUUGAUGCGAUUUUAGUUGCGAUUUUCUCCUUUCGUAGGAUGUGAAGGAGUUGAUCAGUUAUAAAUAUCCCAGGUUAUGAAAUUUCAUAACAACAUCAUUAACUAAUCUACUCCUUCACAUCCUCCAAAAGGAGAAAAUCGCAGCAAAAAUCGCCCGUGUAAACGGGCCUUAAGUAAAGGCCGUUUCACACUUCAACCGGAAAUUGUGCUGAAGCGUAGCGUAUUUCUUUGUUUCCUGAGCACUAGAAUGGAACUAACGACUUCGAUAGAAAUGAGAAUGCCACGAUAGGAUGAAAUGGGAAACGCACUUAAGUUCUUUUCUUGAAGAGAUCGGAAUCAGAUUAAUGCAAAUAUUACGUUUUUCUUUGUUACAUGUUAAUAGACAUCAAUGAAUGUUCAUUAUCCAUUGAUACCUGCCACCCAAAUUCAACUUGUACGAACAUUAACGGAUCCUUCGAAUGCGUCUGUGAUACUGAAGAUGCGAACGUUUGCCAAG